AUAUCGCCGAGCGUAACGUUUUCGUCCAUCAUAUCUAUAGCUCAACAUUGCUUGUGGUCAGCGAAGGAAGAUAUUCAAAAGCUAGGGGCGAAAAUUUUCAAAGAACUUUUCACCUCUUUACCCAAGCAUAGAGAGCUCACUUUGAAGACGAUGUUAUCUCACACUGUGCAGUCAGAAAGUGAAUCCGAGGCGGUUCUUCGCGAGUUUAUGGAGCUGAUCAACUGGGACCCCGAAGCGAUAGAACCUUUCAUUGCUAUAAUAUCGGAGUAUUUCUUCAACCUCAAUAGAAUGUCCAUAGAAAACAUCAAGCGAUUCUUCCGUGCUAUUUUCCGUCUCUACACGACGCGGCCGUCUACCAUGUCACAGCCUAAGGAUGGAGGAGCUCCACCCUUAUCCAGCAUGACCUGA